UCUUUCAAGAAUGGUGUCAACCCUUAAUAACACCUAGCCUAAAGAAUCCCAGGGUUGAUUCCCAACCUCGCCAAAUUUGUGGGGCUCCCCCCACUUGCCCACAUUUCCUGGCAGCUUCGCAGCUUCGGGCAGUUGGAGUUUCCGGUCCUCGCUCCUUUCUGCCGGAGGUCAGCGGCCCCGGGCAGAGCGCGCCGUCUGCCCGAAUAUCCCCAGGCCAUUUCCGUGCUGGGUCCACGCCCUCCUCUCCCGCCGCUGCCUGCGUGCCAGGCCGGGCGCGGGUUGGCGGGGCUGGCCGCAGCGGCUCGGAGCUUGGGCCCUCCCCCGGGGUGAUUUCAGCGCAGAAGGUGGAAAUGCGGAAGUUUCCAGUUCCGACUGACAGAUGAGGCUUGCGCCUGGCUCCGCAAGCUCCGCAGCGACUCUGCUGCGCGCCGGGGCCCCGCUCUCCGCACUCCGCGACCCUAGAAGCCACCACGCCGCCGGCGGGUCAUGGCCACUCUGCCGAGCGCAGAGCGCCGCGCGUUCGCGCUCAAGAUCAACAGGUAUUCUUCAGCGGAAAUAAGGAAACAGUUUACUCUCCCACCAAACCUUGGCCAGUACCAUCGACAGAGCAUAAGCACCUCUGGCUUCCCCUCUCUUCAACUACCUCAGUUUUAUGACCCUGUGGAGCCGGUGGACUUUGAAGGACUUCUAAUGACACACCUGAACACUCUGGAUGUGCAGCUUGCCCAGGAGCUCGGGGACCUCACUGAUGACGACUUGGAUGUGGUGUUCACACCAAAGGAAUGUAGGACUUUGCAGCCCUCUUUGCCAGAGGAAGGGGUUGAACUGGACCCUCACGUCAGGGACUGUAUUCAGACCUACAUCCGGGAGUGGCUAAUCGUGAACCGGAAAAAUCAAGGAAGUCCAGAAAUUUGUGGCUUUAAAAAGACUGGAUCUCGAAAAGAUUUUCACAAGACGCUUCCGAAGCAGACGUUUGAGUCGGAAAGCUUGGAGUGCAGUGAACCCGAUGCUCAGACGGGCCCCCGCCACUUAAACGUGCUGUGCGAUGUGUCUGGGAAAGGCCCCCUCACUGCCUGUGACUUUGACCUCCGCAGCCUGCAGCCUGACCAGCGGCUAGAAAACCUCCUGCAGCAAGUAAGUGCCGAGGACUUUGAGAAGCAGAACGAGGAGGCCCGGAGGACCAAUCGGCAGGCCGAGCUCUUUGCCCUUUACCCAUCAGUGGAUGAGGAGGAUGCUGUGGAGAUACGUCCGGUACCAGAAUGUCCCAAGGAACAUCUGGGCAACAGAAUAUUGGUCAAGUUGCUGACCUUAAAGUUCGAGAUCGAAAUUGAGCCUCUGUUUGCCAGCAUUGCCCUCUACGAUGUUAAAGAAAGGAAAAAGAUCUCAGAAAAUUUUCACUGUGACCUGAACUCUGACCAGUUCAAAGGAUUUCUGCGAGCUCACACACCUUCGGUGGCUGCAUCAAGUCAGGCAAGAUCUGCAGUUUUCUCGGUCACCUACCCGUCCUCAGACAUCUACCUGGUAGUCAAGAUUGAAAAAGUCCUACAGCAGGGAGAGAUUGGAGACUGUGCAGAGCCCUACAUGGUUAUCAAAGAAAGUGAUGGGGGAAAGAGUAAAGAAAAGAUUGAAAAACUAAAACUCCAAGCUGAAUCUUUCUGCCAGCGUUUGGGGAAAUACCGGAUGCCCUUUGCAUGGGCACCCAUAAGCUUAUCCAGCUUCCUCAAUGUCUCCACCCUGGAGCGGGAGGUAACCGAUGUGGACCCUGUGGUUGGGAGAAGCUCAGCGGGUGAACGGAGGACUUUGGCCCAAUCUAGACGGCUUUCUGAAAGAGCCCUCUCCUUGGAGGAAAAUGGGGCUGGAUCCAACUUCAAAACCUCCACCCUGAGCGUUAACAGCUUUUUCAAGCAGGAAGGAGAUCGCCUUAGUGAUGAAGACUUAUUCAAGUUUUUAGCUGACUACAAAAGAUCUUCAUCCUUACAGAGACGAGUCAAGUCAAUUCCAGGCUUGCUCAGACUGGAGAUUUCUACAGCUCCAGAGAUCAUCAAUUGCUGUCUGACUCCUGAAAUGCUGCUUGUGAGACCCUUUCCUGAAAACCGGACACGCCCACACAAAGAGAUUUUGGAAUUUCCAAUACGAGAAGUGUAUGUCCCUCAUACUGUGUACAGAAAUCUUCUCUAUGUGUACCCACAGAGGCUGAACUUUGCUAACAAACUAGCAUCAGCCCGGAACAUUACAAUAAAGAUCCAGUUUAUGUGUGGAGAAGAUGCUGGCAACGCAAUGCCGGUCAUCUUUGGAAAGUCCAGCGGGCCUGAAUUUCUGCAGGAAGUAUACACAGCCAUUACAUACCAUAAUAAGUCUCCUGACUUUUAUGAAGAAGUGAAAAUUAAGCUCCCUGCUAAGCUCACAGUAAAUCACCACCUCCUGUUCACCUUCUACCAUAUCAGCUGUCAGCAGAAGCAAGGAGGCUCCGUGGAAACUCUCCUGGGAUAUUCAUGGCUGCCAAUUCUCUUAAAUGAACGUCUUCAAACUGGAUCGUACUGUCUCCCAGUUGCCUUGGAAAAAUUGCCACCCAACUACUCCAUGCAUUCUGCUGAGAAAGUCCCCUUACAGAAUCCUCCCAUUAAGUGGGCUGAAGGACAUAAGGGAGUAUUUAAUAUAGAAGUGCAAGCUGUUUCUUCUGUGCAUACCCAGGACAACCACCUGGAGAAGUUCUUCACCCUCUGCCACUCCCUGGAGAGCCAGGUGACCUUCCCCAUCCGCGUGCUGGAUCAGAAGAUCAGCGAGACGGCACUGGAGCACGAGCUGAAGCUCAGCAUCAUCUGCCUGAACUCCUCCCGCCUGGAGCCGCUCGUGCUCUUCCUGCACCUGGUGCUGGACAAGCUCUUCCAGCUGUCUGUGCAGCCCAUGGUCAUCGCUGGCCAGACAGCCAACUUCUCCCAGUUUGCCUUCGAGUCCGUGGUGGCCAUCGCCAACAGUCUGCACAACAGCAAGGACCUGAGCAAGGACCAGCACGGGAGGAACUGCCUGCUGGCUUCCUAUGUGCACUACGUCUUCCGCCUGCCGGAGCCACAAAGGGACAUGCCCAAGUCAGGUGCUCCCACUGCCGUCCCCGACCCCCGCUAUCACACGUAUGGACGCACAUCAGCUGCUGCUGUGAGUUCGAAGCUGCUGCAGGCCCGGGUAAUGAGCAGCAGUAACCCGGACCUUGCGGGGACACACUCCGCAGCAGACGAAGAAGUGAAGAACAUCAUGUCUUCAAAGAUCGCCGACCGCAGCUGCAGCCGAAUGUCUUACUAUUGCUCUGGCAAUAAUGAUGUUCCAAGUUCAACCACAGCCCCAAGGCCAGCCAGCAAAAAGCAUUUCCAUGAGGAGCUUGCCCUCCAGAUGGUAGUCAGCACUGGAAUGGUGAGAGAAACAGUCUUCAAGUACGCCUGGUUUUUCUUUGAGCUUCUGGUGAAAAGCAUGGCCCAGUAUGUACAUAACAUGGACAAACGGGACAGUGUUCGGAGGACUCGUUUUUCUGACCGUUUCAUGGAUGACAUAACUACUAUUGUUAAUGUGGUCACCUCGGAGAUUGCAGCCCUGUUAGUAAAACCGCAGAAGGAAAAUGAACAGGCGGAAAAGAUGAACAUCAGCCUGGCUUUCUUCUUGUAUGACCUUCUCUCCCUCAUGGAUCGGGGCUUUGUGUUUACCCUCAUCAGACAUUAUUGCAACCAGCUGUCAGCCAAGCUCAAUAACCUUCCAAUGCUCAUUUCCAUGAGGCUGGAGUUCCUGCGAAUCCUCUGUAGCCAUGAACAUUACCUCAAUCUGAACCUUUUCUUUAUGAAUGCUGAUACUGCUCCAACAUCUCCCUGUCCUUCCAUAUCUUCUCAGAACUCAAGCUCCUGCUCCAGUUUCCAGGACCAGAAGAUCGCCAGCAUGUUUGAUCUGACUUCCGAGUACCGCCAGCAGCACUUCCUCACCGGGCUUCUCUUCACAGAACUGGCUGCUGCCUUGGAUGCCGAAGGGGAAGGAAUCAGCAGAGUGCAAAGGAAAGCUGUCAGUGCCAUCCACAGCCUGCUAAGUUCUCACGAUCUGGACCCACGCUGUGUCAAACCAGAGGUGAAGGUCAAAAUCGCUGCCCUGUACCUGCCUUUAGUUGGCAUCAUUUUGGAUGCUUUGCCACAGCUCUCUGACUUUGCAGCUCUGCGUCAUUGGAAAAGUCGCACCAGUGGCUCGGAUGAAGAACAAGAAGGACCCAGUGCCAUCAACCAGAACGUGGCUCUGGCCAUAGCAGGGAAUCAUUUCAAUUUGAAAACAAGUGGAAUGAUGCUGUCUUCCUUGCCCUAUAAGCAGUACAACAUGCUGAACGCGGACACCACCCGCAGCCUCAUGAUCUGCUUCCUCUGGAUCAUGAAAAAUGCUGAUCAGAGCCUCAUUAGGAAGUGGAUUGCCGACCUGCCAUCAGUGCAACUCAACAGAAUUUUAGAUAUACUUUUCAUCUGUGUCUUCUGUUUUGCAUACAAGGGAAAACAGAGUUCUGACAAAGUCAGUACCCAAGUCUUGCAGAAGUCAAGGGAUGUCAAGGCCCGGCUGGAAGAGGCUUUGCUCCGUGGGGAAGGGGCCAGAGGGGAGAUGAUACGCCGCCGAGCUCCAGGGAAUGACCGAUUUCCAGGACUAAAUGAAAAUUUGAGAUGGAAGAAAGAGCAGACACAUUGGCGGCAAGCUAAUGAGAAGCUAGAUAAAACAAAGGCAGAGUUAGAUCAAGAAGCCUUGAUCAGUGGCAAUCUGGCUACAGAAGCAAAUUUAAUCAUCCUGGAUAUGCAGGAAAACAUUAUCCAGGCAAGCUCGGCUCUGGACUGUAAAGACAGCCUGCUGGGAGGUGUUUUGAGGGUGCUGGUACGUUCUCUGAACUACGAUCAGAGUACCACCUACCUGACUCACUGCUAUGCAACACUCCGCGCCCUCAUUGCCAAGUUUGGAGACUUACUCUUUGAAGAGGAGGUGGAACAGUGUGCCAACCUGUGUCACCAAGUCCUGCACCACUGCAGCAGCAGCAUGGAUGUCACCCGGACCCAAGCCUGCGCCACGCUUUACCUCCUCAUGAGGUUCAGUUUUGGAGCCACCAGUAACUUUGCAAGAGUAAAGAUGCAAGUAACCAUGUCGCUGGCAUUUUUGGUGGGCAGAGCACCAGACUUUAAUGAAGAGCACCUGAGAAGAUCCUUGAGGACAAUUUUGGCCUAUUUAGAAGAGGACACGGCCAUGCAGAUGACUCCUUUUCCCACCCAGGUGGAGGAACUUCUCUGUAAUCUGAAUAGCAUCUUAUAUGACACGGUGAAAAUGAGGGAAUUUCAGGAAGAUCCUGAGAUGCUUAUGGAUCUCAUGUACAGAAUUGCCAAGAGUUACCAGGCGUCUCCUGAUCUGCGGCUGACCUGGCUCCAGAACAUGGCAGAGAAACACACCAAGAGGAAGUGCUACACGGAGGCCGCCAUGUGCCUGGUGCACGCCGCUGCCUUAGUGGCUGAGUAUCUGAGCAUGCUGGAGGACCACAGCUACCUGCCCGUGGGCAGUGUCAGCUUCCAGAAUAUUUCUUCCAAUGUGCUGGAGGAGUCUGUGGUCUCUGACGACACACUGUCGCCUGAUGAGGAUGGAGUGUGUGUAGGCCAAUAUUUCACCGAGAGCGGCCUGGUGGGCCUCCUGGAGCAGGCUUCAGAGCUCUUCAGCACGGGAGGCUUAUAUGAGACGGUUAAUGAGGUCUACAAGCUGGUGAUCCCCAUCCUAGAAGAACAUCGAGAAUUCCGGAAGCUGACCUUGAUUCACAGCAAGCUGCAGAGGACCUUUGACAGCAUUGUCAACAAGGAUCACAAGAGAAUGUUUGGAACCUACUUCCGAGUUGGUUUCUAUGGAUCCAAAUUUGGGGAUUUGGAUGAACAGGAAUUUGUUUACAAAGAGCCUGCAAUUACCAAGCUUCCUGAGAUCUCACACAGACUAGAGGCAUUUUACGGUCAAUGUUUUGGUGCAGAAUUUGUGGAAGUAAUUAAAGACUCCACUCCUGUGGACAAAACCAAGUUGGAUCCUCACAAGGCCUACAUACAGAUCACUUUUGUGGAGCCCUACUUUGAUGAGUAUGAGAUGAAAGACAGGGUCACAUACUUUGAGAAGAAUUUCAACCUUCGGAGGUUCAUGUACACCACCCCGUUCACCCUGGAGGGGCGGCCUCGGGGAGAGCUGCACGAGCAGUACAGAAGGAACACGGUCCUGACUACCAUGCAUGCCUUCCCCUACAUCAAGACCAGGAUCAGCGUCAUCCAGAAGGAGGAGUUUGUUUUGACACCGAUUGAAGUUGCCAUUGAAGACAUGAAGAAAAAGACCCUGCAGUUAGCGGUUGCCAUUAACCAGGUGCCCCCUGAUCCAAAGAUGCUUCAAAUGGUACUGCAAGGCUCUGUAGGAGCUACUGUAAAUCAGGGACCACUGGAAGUAGCCCAAGUGUUCUUGGCUGAAAUUCCUGCUGAUCCAAAACUCUAUCGACAUCACAACAAGUUGAGGUUAUGCUUUAAGGAAUUCAUCCUGCGAUGUGGUGAAGCCGUAGAGAAAAACAAGCGUCUCAUCACACCAGACCAGAGGGAGUAUCAGCAGGAACUCAAAAAGAACUAUAACAAGCUAAAAGAGAACCUCAGACCAAUGAUCGAGCGGAAAAUUCCAGAACUCUACAAGCCAAUAUUCAGAGUUGAGAGUCAAAAGAGUGUGAAGGGGUCACAGACCUUUCAAUUAUUAUUUGCUGAGUUCUCUGUGACUGAUAUCCAUUUCUACCAGAUCUAGUUUCAGGAAAUGUGAAACCCAGUUGUCACAGGGCAGCUAAGAAAAGUCAUCUUCAUUCGUGGAGACUGUGGCCCUGCAACCCUGGAGAAGGACUCGCUGGUACUUAAAAAAUUGGGACAUUUGCCACCCAGGAUUGACUGUAUGCUCCCUGACCAGCCAGCACUCUGAAAGCUUUGGGAUCCAAGGAACUGUGGAAUGAUACCCAAAAUGGACUCUGACCAGAUUUUUGCCAUACUGGAGGAUGGCAGGGUGGAGGAUGGGUACUGAGGCAUGACUGUGUAUUUAUUUAAUUGUGUUUUUUCACAAUGUACCAAACAAGGCAUAAGCAACUUCUCCUGCUGAGAAGGAGAACUUCUCCUGGUCAGUCACUGCCCAUCUGAGACAUUAUUUCCUCUGGCCUAUAUUUGAUUUAUAGGAGUAACUCACAUUGCCUGAGGAAAAAUGGAAAAAUUAUCCACCAAUCAAUUCAAACUGAACUUCACUCUUUAUAGGAAGGGAGGGUGAACUUGUAGGAGUACAAAACAUUUUCAAUAAAUCUAUGAAGGGAAGCCUUA